UAGAAUCAACCCUGUCGGCCAGCAUCGCUGCAGCAGAGCUGUGAUCUGGACCCCUGCAACUGCAGUGUAAUGAGCAUGGUGCAGCGGCUGCUCUCUCACUGGGCCAGGACAGAGGUCGGGGUCCGGCUCCCGGAUGGGCAGCAGCUGGUCACGGUCAGGAUGAGGCCAAGUGACACAAUCAAACACAUCCGUCUCCACCUGGUCAGACAGGGAGUCACCUCCUGGAAGAUGAGCUUCACUUACAAAGGUCAAGAACUCGGAGAAAAUGAGACGCUGGAAGGGAAUAACAUCACUUCGGGGGCAGUUCUGGUGUUGGUGAAGGACAGUCACUCCCCACCUUCAAAGCCUUCAGCUCUACUACUCUAAGCAUGUCUGCGCCUCGUUCCCAUGGCCUUCAUGGUUCCUCAAACAGUGUGGGUUCCUUUGCUGGGUAAUUGUAAGAAUGCUUGAACAAAGACCAGAGGAGCUUCUGGGGAGAUCGCCAGCAGCUGGGCUGUUGAGACCAGAGGGAAGCUGCUGGCAUUGGGGAUGGUGCUGUUGGAAUGAUUUUCAUUAAA